AGUAAUGUAAUUGAGAUGCUACAGAAGGUAUCACAUUUAAAGACCGCAUCUCAAACCAAGAGAUUAGAGACUGUGUUACUGCAGCCAUUGGACCCCACGAUGACCUGCUAACUAUAAAAAAAAACGCAAGCUAAAAUUCUAUGGCCAUAUACAAGAUCUCGGGGCUCGCAAAAACCUUCCUUCAGGGAACAGUACCAGGAAAAAGAAGAAGAGGCAGACAGAGAAAGCGAUGGGAAGACAACAUAAAAGAAUGGACGAGCCUGCCAUUAAAAGAGGUUGUAUCUAAGGCAAAAGACAGAGAGGAAUGGAGAAAGGCGGUCGACUAAUCUUGCAUGGAACCCCAACGGCACAACAGACUAAAAAAUAUGUAAAGCACUAUGAACGGUUACAUCACGAAUACAAACCAGCAGCAUGUAGAUACCGGACAAGGAGACAUCAAGCACCCACCAGUGGGACAGCCUCGGCAUUUUUCAGGAAACGGUCAAACAGAAAUUCCAAAACUCCGGGUCCAGCCGGACACUCCGAUACCACCAUCCUGUCAAAGCACACCGGGGCCUGGGGAUCUGGGAUGCUUUUCGCAGCCUUCCACGGAGAGGUCAGGAGGAAUUCUGCCAGCCAUUUCUUCGCCCAGAACACUCGGGAAGCAGGCGACAGGGCAAGGAAAGCCUGUCACUCCAGGGAGGCAGAGUUUCGACUCAAAGCAAGGUUUUUCCAAACUUGGGAAUAAUGCUCAUCCUAGGGUCACACCAACAAGCAGUAUACCCAGCAAACACUUAAAGCAAGAAAUUAACCAAGGACCUACAUGCAUUGCUAUAGGACCUCGACAGAUGAUCAAUUCACAAGCGUUUAACAAUGCAGGAGGUGGGUUCGCUUCCACGCCAGGCAACGUAAACAGUAGUUGCAAUAAUGGGCGGCCUUUCGCUAUCAGCAGCAGCAUCCAAAAACUAGGCAUGGAGUCACUCUCCAAAUAUGGCGGUGAGGUCUUCAGCGCUGCCUCAGAUAUCAUUAGCGAGGGUCAGCCACAGCUGCCUCCUCUCCAGAAAAGGGUCAGCCAGUCGUCCACUCCUAAAGAACAGACCAACAUGACUUCAAGGUCACAACAGUCAUUGCGGAAUGGAACGCAUGUAUCUGCAAUGGCCAGCGGUGCUCAGGAGCUGGCUGCCUCUUGCAUGGUGCAAGCCCAUUCGUCCGGUUCUAGAAGUGUGGUCGGCACUCCUAAGGGUUCUCAAAACUGCGACCUGGCUAGCAACCAUGUAUUUGCACUUCCUAAACACCCAGAUUGGCAGCACUAUAAGCCUCUACCAUCGGCUACAGCGUCCACCGUAGACAGCAGCGAUAAUGACUCACAAAGUAUAGCAGUGCCGGGAAGUUCCAUUUCUAAUUAUAACACAGGGUCAAAUCUAUCACCAUUUCAGGGAACAGAGAUGUCACCGUAUCCUUCACUUUAUCCAAGUCCCCGCCAUUCCGCCAACAACAACGCCAGAACCUCUUUGAAAAGGGCUUACUCCACAUCACCGUCUCUCUCCGACGGCCUGGACCUGACUCACAUCCGUCUAUCUCCAACAUCUCUGGGACCUUACCUUGCCUCCAGGACAUCCUCGACAAGCGGAUCUCCUCAGCCUGGUCAGCUGGGCUCCUUCUCUCACCUGUCUGCCCGUAACAGUAGCCCCUACUCGUUAAACAGCUCAGGGCAGAGGAGGCUUGCUGGAAAUUUCACACCUUUCAGCUUGAGUUCUUGCGUUAAGAGUGAAACGAAUAUUGACUUUGAGUUUGAGGAUAUCCUGAAAAACGCCUAUGUGGCUAGACAAAGUGAAAUGCCUUUUAUAGAACAAAACUGCGCCUUGGGUAGAUUUCCUCCCUGUACUAAUGUGAACAAUUACUUCGAAGGACAAGGGGAAAAUGUGUUUGCGGGCCCCGUAAACGAUUCGAAUUUCAUGAUGCGUGAUGCCAUGGAAAUAAUGGCAUCAAGUAACGUGAAUGUAAAUAUUCAUUCUGGCAUGAGCAUAUCAGGUGUUAAUGGUAACAGCAUUCCGCCCCCUCCCUCUUACAACGAAGCCUUGGAGCAACAGCAGCAUCGCCAACAAAUGCAGCAGCCUUAUCCACACCAAAACUUUCAGCAGCAACACAUGCACCCUCAUCAUCAUCACCAGCAACAUCAUAGCACUCACAACAAUAUAGUCUUACCGAACGGUCUAGAAAAUGUCAGUUUAGCACCCCCUCACCAUCAACACCAAAACGGACAUUCCCAUCACCAGAAUCACCUCCAGCAAAGGCAUCUUCACAGUCACAUACAGACCCACCAGCAGCAUCCGCCGCUGAAUCCCAACGUGGGUGGUUCCAGCCUGCAGCUGCUAAGUCCAGGAUUGCCCGUGGGGCAGAGCCUGAAUACAAGUUCCAUGUCUGGGAUGGUAAUGAGCCCGGCAGCGCCUGGGGUGAACUCGGCCAGUCUAAGCCCCGCCUACAUACCCGAAAGCGGCGGCGCACAAGCUUCUUUAGGGGCUGCUAAGCAAGAGGACAGCGAGGAGGAUGAUCCCAAUAUCUGUAGGUGGAUGGAUUGCGGUUUGAUGUUCGUUGAGCAGGACGAGCUGGUCAGGCACAUCGAGAAGUCUCAUAUAGACCAGCGGAAAGGGGACGAGUUCACUUGUUUUUGGCAGGGGUGUCCAAGACGAUUCCGUUCUUUCAAUGCCAGGUACAAGCUUUUAAUUCACAUGAGGGUCCACUCUGGCGAAAAGCCCAACAAAUGCACGUUUGAUGGCUGCACUAAAGCGUUCUCUAGGUUAGAAAAUCUAAAGAUCCACCUCCGGAGUCACACAGGCGAGCGACCUUAUUUGUGCCAGCACCAAGGCUGCCAGAAGGCUUUCAGCAACUCUUCCGACAGGGCCAAACACCAGAGGACGCACGUCGACACGAAACCCUACGCUUGCCAAGUGCCUGGCUGCUUGAAGCGCUACACAGACCCGAGUUCUCUACGUAAGCACGUGAAGAAUCACAGCAAGGAGCAACAGCAGCAACAGAAGAAAAAGAUGAAGAAAGAUUUGGUAGAGACUGGAGACAACUUAAACACAUGUCUAACCAUUCAGCAGAUCAGGCCUGAAGGUUCCCCAAUGGAUUACAAUGACAACAGUCUUGGGCGAUCGCCACAUAAUGGAGCAACCACUGAAAAUAUCUUCCCAAGUUUUAGUUUCUCAAUUCUACACUCCAGUCGUUGUGGCACAGCUACAGGACUAUCUCCCCUUAGCGCUCAGCCAUCUCCUGCAAGUAUAAACACUGGGACACUCAGCAGCCUGGAUGAGGCUAAUGAAAGUUUGGGCAGCUACACAACAGCAGCUUCAAAUCUGCUAAGUCCACGCCCACUUCCACCCAUUCAUCAUCAGGGUCAAAUGAUGUCACAGUUGCCAGAGCUGAUUGAUGGUCAGUACGCCCAAAGCAAUUAUAUGUAUGGCCAAUCCAUGACAGAUCUGCCCAGCAAUACCCAGCAAUUACGCCCACAGUAUCCUCAAGCGUACCCUGGAUUCAACAGUUGUCGCAUGGGAGCCAUGCAAUCACAGCGUAUGAUGAUGAUGCAAGGUUAUGAUGAAUCCUGUAACCUGAACUUGCAAGAUAUAACACAACCUGGUUACACAGAUGCUACCAUGAUGCCAGUUGCUCCUCAGGCCAAUGUACAACAGUAUCUCCAGCUCUCUGCUGUUGACAGAUGCAACAGCCGUACUUCUGUUUACGCAGAUGGAACAACAUGAAAGCAAUUCUCUUGAACUAUUUACUUUUCACUGUUGUGUACAUUAUUUUGAGAAAAAAAAAAUAUGUUAUCGCCAUAUUUGCUAUUACUGUUUAUGUAUAUGAAAUUGUUUUAAUGCUGUGAUCAUUAUGUAAGAAACAUGAAACAUAAACUUUGUGAAAUGUACAGGAAAUGUUUAUUGUAAACAUGUUUAUGUAUUUACAUUUUUUUUUUCUGGUCAUGUUGACAUCCGGUGUUUUCAACUGCCUAUUAUAAUAUACAUUUGUAGACAUGUAAAAUAUGAAGUUUCUCAUUAUAAUGAUGAACAUUACAAUUAAAAAGUCCUGGCUGAUUAUGUGAUUGGAACUCUGAUCUAAAAAAAGGCUAUAGCUUUAAAAUCCCUAGUCCCUCAAAGAUUAAUAAUGCAGCUGUUUUUUUUUCAUAUUUACCUUGUUUUGUUCUGUGUUGUACACUACCCAUGACUCUUUAGAAAUAAAGUUAAUUAUGUAUUAGCACAAAAUUUCUACAGGAUAGCAAAGGAUAUUGGCCUGAUCUCAAGCACAAACACACAUGUAUGGUACUGUAAACAUUUGUGUGUCAUGUCAAUAAGUUCUGCUAAAAACACACAGCUUCUUGCCAUUCGUGACAGGGUUAGUAGCACUUUUCCAUGACAAAAUUUUAGGAAGUUUUUUAAGGAUGAAAUGUGUGAUAUAUAUAUUUUAUUUUUUCGCAGGGGGAGGCCUGGGGAAGGGAGAAAAAUCCCCCCUCCCCCCUGAAAAAAAUCCUGGCUACGCCCAUGCAAUAGUCACUAUAUAUAUAGACUAGAUCUUCAGUCAUAACAAUGAAAGGAAACAACCAUGUCUACGCUGCCUUCAGAAAAAUAAUGCCAGGUGAAAUGCUUGCUUGAGCCAAGGCCAUCUUCAAUAACGAGGUCACGCUUCACAAGUGGGUGAAAGGCGUUGUAACGCAUCACUGGUCAGCUCAUUGUCACAGCCAGCCCAUAACGUCAUGCAAUCAGAAUGCCUAUAGUUACCCUGUUGUCCCCCCACCACCACCACCAAACACUCAUUUUUAGCAAGAAAUAAGCAAAAUUAUAUUUAAAAAAAAAAAAUGAGUAAAAGAGAGUGGACAAAAUUUUAGGAGACUUCUGGCAAUUUUUAGGAGAAUUUUAGGAGACUUUUCAUUUUUUAGGAAUGCUACGAACCCUGUGGUGACCUUCCUUCAUUCUGAGGAGAGCAGAACUUGAAGGAAAAGAAUUUGUUAAACCUACCACACAAAAAACUUUGAAGACUAAGAAAAACUGAACUUGAAGCUAAGUCAAGGAUACGAAUAGUUGAACCAAGUUUACCAAUCUGGAGUAAAUAUCACAGAAAUAGCAAAAGUACCUUUCUGCUGUAGUGUAAUUCAAAAACAACAUAAAUGAUUGUGCUCAGGAGAUCAUAUUUCAAUGCAUUAACAAUUUAGGUCUCUAAAUCUGGAAAUAAUUUGUAAUUAGUUUUUUAUAUUUAUAUUAAAAAAACAUUAAUAUAUCCUAUGAUGAAUCAAUUUGUAAGAAAAUAUGAUUUCCAAAUUAAAAUGUAAAAAAAUUACUAUGUUAUUAAGGUAAUACUGGAUAGUACUAUGUUGCUCUAUUGUUGUUGUUUUUUUUUUGUUUUUCUGUUUACAUUCUGCCUGUUAUUUAUAGUGUACAAAUUAUGGUUGUAAAAAAAUCUCUUGUUGAUCUUUAUAGAUUACCCAGCAAGCCUUGAGAAAUAUGUAAAAUACAAGAUGUAAAUAUGUUAUCAAGACUCCGUGCCAUUCAGUGUAAUCAUGUUGGUUAUCAAUGUUAUCAACCUUUGUUAUGUUUGGCUUUUAUACAAGACGUUGUAAAUUUAUCUUAAAAUAUCUGACCUAUAUAAGCAAUAAUCAAGUGAUUUAUACAUAUUACAACUCUGUGAUUCGUACAAAAUUGAGAUUUUUUUGUUUUGUUAAUUGUGUGAUUGAAAACUAGCAUUUACUUUGUCAAUGUUUUGACAAUUUUGUGAUAAUACAAACUAAUGACUUAUAAAAUUACAUUAUAAAAAGUCAAGUCAACUGACAUGUCAAUAUAUAUACUAUUAUUAAAUUAUUGAAUAAUACAGUUAAUGUAAAUUUUCUUUUUACACAUUUUGUUUAUUCCAGCAUAGUAUUCACUUAUUUUGUCAUUCCACUUUAUAUAUGUAGUCAAUUCAAAUUAUAUUCAUAAUUUUAUGCUCGUAUAUUGAUUCAUUUACCCCUAAUUGUUAAGAUGGAUUAGGUUCCAAAUUAUACAGGAAAAAAAAUCCAUAGUGAAUCAUAGCUUAAUGGAGGGGUGGUUCCAAAGCCUCUUACAAUGCUUUAAAAAAAAAAAAAAAAGUAUCUAUUUAAGGAUAAUGAUUUCCGAAAACAGUUUUUAAAAAAAUUAAGAGAAAAAAAGAUAUGCUGAAGUCUGACAACAAAUAUUUAAACAAAAAUAAUUUACAAGCAGGAACUAAUAAUGACCAAUAAUAUGAAGCGAUUGAGUUUUUACUUUCGUUAAAAGGAAGCCAUAACGAUUCUCCUUACAUUGGCUUUACUUGUCAUGCAUUCAACGCAGCCCUAAAUAAUUUUCUAGAAAAUGGCUAAGAUGUGAGAAAAUAAGUAAACAUUUGCUACAUUUGGCUCCUAGAACACAUUCUGAAAGAAUGAAGAUGACUGUAAAAAAAAAAAAAAAGUAGCUUAACUGUUAGACAAUAGGAGGCACAGGCCAGCUUUAUACAGAGAAGAACGUCUAAAAAAAAAGAGAGAAGCAUCAACUUUCUCCUUUGGAGAGAUGAAACCAUAAUAUUCUAAUUGAGAAAAUGGCACCCAACGUAAAAUCUCCUUUUCAAUAGAUUAAGCCCACACAACUAGCUCAAAAAUUGUGAACAUUUUCUUUGUGAAUUGUUGAAAUAAUUUCAUCUGGAUCAGUCCGUGUUUUCUCAUUUGGCCGAUUUAGCCAACAUCACAGUUAAGCACAUUUUCCAUCCAACUAUUUUGACUUUUUACAAAAUAUAUUCAUUUUUAUUUUUUUUUACUUCAAGUAGUUCAUCGAUGAGUGAGAAUUCCUCAAACUUGUAGGUUACUAUCAUAGGUCUAGCAUUGUAUUUGCUGUAGUAUAUUUCUUGAAUGUGGAUGGCUGCCUGGUCAAGCGGUAUGCGGUGCUUGAGCGUUGUUUGGCUUGGUCAUGGAGUGUGCACGCGUUGAGUGUGGUUUGGAUGUCUUGAUGGUCCCGGAUUCAUACCAUGCCUACUGACAUCACCCGUCAUCCUACAGGAAGUUUAGACUAGGAAGUAGAUUAACUUAAAUCUGAAGAAACAUCCAAAACAUUUUACAAUAGUUUCAUCAUAAACAACUCAGCAUAGACAUUCUCCAUUUUGAUUUUUUUUUUUGCAAAGAAAGUAAAAUUCAUGUUUGUGGGGUAACAACUUAAUAGUUUAUCACUGUACCUGAGUAAUAGAAUGUAAUAAUGUAUGUCUUUCAGUGAGUUAAUAAAUAUUUUAUUAGUUUUGUUUGUGACUCUUUCAACUUUGAAUUUCAGAACAGCACAAGCAAAUUUAAGUUCCUAAUCAGUAUGAUUACUCUUUUUUUUUAAAUAAAAAAAUAAUUAUUUAUUUAUUUAUUCCAUAUUACAGAUUUACAGAAACAUUGCAAAACAGUAGAACAAAACAAAAAUUGUGAAUGCUAAUUGUUAUCAUUAUCCUAAAUGAUCUCUGAAUUUGCCUUUAGAUCUUUUUAUGAAAUUUUGGCAUUUGCUUUAAAACUAAUAUCAAUUUUGUUAUGGCUUGCUUUUUUUUUGGGUAUGUCUCAAAUAAUUACUUAAGUCUCUAUUUAAGUAACUGUAUGGCUUCUGUUACAGUUUCAUACAUGCUAAUAAUAAAUAUAGUAUGUUUCUAUGUAUUUGUCACAUGAUCACACAUGUUUGAUUCAAUGGUUCAAUAGUUUUUUAAGUGUAAAAAUGAAAACUCAUUUUUUCCCCUCAAUUUCUCACCAAACAAAAAAAAGUUAACUGACUACCAUAGCUUUAUAUAAGUUCAUCCGUCCACAGAACUAUUUCUAUUUAUAGCAAUGCAUCAGAUUUUUGUUUUUUUUUAGCCAAUCAUUCCUAAAGAAACCGUCCAAUAUUUUUAACAUUGUACUUUGAAGAUUGUGAAUAGUAUAAUGUGAGUAGAUUUUGAUUUGUGAAAAAAAUAAAUUGUUUAUUUCAAAAGGAUGUCUUUGAUUUAAAAAGAUAUCCCAGAUCAUGUCUGGAGCUACAAUCAUAAUGGUAGAAUUCAUUGUAUUUUUUAUUCUAUCCAAAUUUCCAAUUUUGACCUUCAUAGUGCUUUAAAUAAAAUAUCUUGACUGGAG